AUGAGGGCGCAGACGAUAUCACAAAUUGCCGGCAAACUAAUUCCUGAUCGGGAAAUAACCGAAGCACUAAAUGCCCUGGUCUUACUUGAUGAGCGCCUCGAUGGACAUGCAAAGAUUAAUUACCAGAAUAUGGCAUCCCGCAAAGAUUUCACUCACGACAAUGCUAAAGAACCCCUUUUCACGUCAGUCCCAAAAAAAGCUGUCGAUGGAGCCACCUAUAAAGCAUUCAAGAACUUAAUUUCAUUCUACAAUCAGCCUGACGUGGAUGUACCAGAAACUGUCACAUCAGACUGGGACGCUGCAAUUGACUCGUUCCUGGAUGCAGUUACGAACACGACGGUAAUGAGAAGCACUAAGGAAUUCCUAACUUCGGAAGGGGUCGUAUCUGAUGAUGAAUCGUUCAGAAAUCUGCUUUAUACUAUGUGGUUUACUCAAUAUGCAAGAGGCCAUGCAGUAGGUAGCUCAGGAUUUGAAUCCGUUUUCUCUGGGGAGAUCAGAGGUAAUGACGUGAUCCGCUUCAAUAACUGGUUCCGAUUCUAUUUAUUGGAAACCGCCGGCCACGUCAAUUAUCACGGUUGGUAUACCAGGGAAAAGGUGAGUUACAUUCUUGAUUUUGGCCUCGAAAGAGAGUCUAGAGGGUUCAGUCCCCCACGAGAUUGCAUCGGAAAAGCUCGCACAAGUCUAAUCCCCUCGAAACCCUGGGAUGUACAGCGCCGGCUUUUCUGA